AAUGAAUAGGGAACGGAACAGGGUUCCUGACAGUUUGGUUAGCAUGUCCAAUCAGCAGCUUCUAGAUGAUCUAAGAAAUUACGAUUUUUCUUUGAAUAUGGCGGAGAGCAGCAAGGCUGAAGGCGACAAAAAACAAUUUAAGACUUUAGAUCGUCGAAAUGGAUCUAAACGGAUUUCAUUAAGGCAUUUCUUAAAUAGGACUCCUUUUCGACCAAAUCGUUCAUACUCUGCAGAAGAAACACACUCUAUAACAGAAAAGUCUGUACCUCUACGACAAGAACCUACGGCAACGACAGUGCCGAAAUCUAUCAAAUCCUCAAAACUAUUGGAAUGUCCUUUGUGUCUUAAUUUUCUACCAAAAGACUCUUUUCCGGAAGUAUUUACAUGCGAUCACCGAUCCUGUGUUGAAUGCUUGCGUCAAUAUUUGCGGAUUGAAAUAUCUGAAAGCCGAGUGAACAUAGCUUGUCCAGAAUGUAGCGAAAAAUUUCAUCCAAAUGAUAUUAGAGACAUUUUGAGUGAUAAAAAACUAUACGACAAAUAUGAGGACCGUAUGCUGAGGAGAGUGUUGGUUUCCGAUGCGGAUACAAGAUGGUGUCCAGCGCCGGAUUGUGGUUUUGCUGUUAUAGCGGCUGGUUGCGCAAGCUGUCCUAAAAUUAGAUGUGAACGGCCUGGUUGUGGAACCUCGUUUUGUUAUCAUUGUAAGAGUUUUUGGCAUCCGAAUCAGACUUGCGAUUCAGCUCGAGCAGAACGAAACAGACCUUUUAACAGGCAUGAAUCUAGGUGGGUUUUAAAGGACGAUGUAAAAUGUUGCCCAAAGUGUCAGGCAUUGAUUAUAAAAAUGGAAGAUGGAAGCUGUAAUCACAUGACUUGUUCUGUUUGUGGCGCUGAAUUUUGUUGGUUGUGUAUGAAAGAAAUAUCUGAUUUACAUUACUUAUCGCCAUCUGGCUGUACAUUUUGGGGUAAAAAGCCCUGGAGUAGGAAAAAGAAAAUUUUAUGGCAAUUGGGAACUUUGGUGGGUGCACCGGUUGGAAUAGGUCUUAUUGCUGGAUUAGCAGUUCCUGCGAUGUUGAUAGGAAUACCUGUUUGGGUUGGUCGUAAAGUACACAAUAAGUACUCAAACUUACCGAAAGGACGAAAGAAUGCUCUCGUGACAGCAAGUGUCGCUGCAUCCGUAUUAGUCAGCCCUGUGUUGGCCGGAUUAGCCGUCGGUAUAGGAGUUCCAAUACUUUUAGCAUACGUUUACGGUGUUGUUCCAGUAAGUUUGUGCCGAUCAGGCGGUUGUGGUUUGACCACAACUGAUAAUGGAGGGGUACGAAUAGAUCUAAGAGACGAGGAGGCAGCAGCGGGAGCCACUCACUCUGAAAAAGUAAAUCCAGAUAAGAAAUCCAUAGGACCAUCAAUUGGUGAGAUGAGUUUAGGUUUAAAUGGUUCGUUGAGUGUUAGCGGCAGUCAAAUGGAAAAAAUUGGUGUAAGAAUUGAUGAAAGUGACAGAGAGAGUGCGUCUCAUAAAGCAGUUGCUGGUGGUUCUAUAACAGGAAGUGUUUCAGCAUCCACCACAAAUAAAUUGGAAGUUCAGGCAGACAUUUCUAUUGUUACACCAUCAAACCAAACAAGGGCAAAGAGAGCAUCUCUGAGCAGUGAAUCGAAUAAAUCGACGAUGGACCACGAAGCAAGUUCAACCAAGGGGCUAGCAGGUUCUUUGUAUAGCACAGAAAUGGAGCGUCGGUCUUCACCUAUUUCUCACAGAAGCGCAAGCCUCGACGAGACAACGAAAGUAGGAAAAAGGAAAGUAGGCUCGGAUGGUGAUCGUGUAAGCGUAAAUUCGUGGGACGAGGACAAUCUAAAGCGUAACAAGAGAAGAUCGCCAAGUGACGAUUCGUGCGUCUUGCCCGAAGUGGAACCUUCAAUUGUUGUUCGUCGCGUUACCUUGAUCGAAGAAGAGUCAUCUUCGCGGCAAAGCUCCGCUUCAUCUCGUUUAUAA